AUGUGUUUCACUAAUUCGAACAAGAAUAUCGACCCAAAAUCACCGAGAGAAGUAGUUGAACUUCAAAAUCAACUGGCGUUUAACAAUGCCGACUGGCAAAUCCAGGUUGUUCAACUAACAGCAACAGUGGAGCAAAUGCAACAAAACAAUGAACUAUUAAAUGAUACACUUGCACUUGAAAUGAACUAUACUAUUACGACACUGUUUUCUGAAAUGACUGGUGCAGUUGAACGUGAACUCAGUGGAAAAUACAAAAAACAAUCGCAACAUACAAAAGGAUGCAAAAUUAAAAAAGCCAAGCUCAACUUAUCUUAA